UAUAUGUUGCGUUUCAGAGGUUGGCUCAUCAUCAUAACUUGUGAGUGAUCAUCGGAGAGCUGUUCUUGGUGAAGAGAUCAUGGCGAUGAUUGUGGACGCAUUUGCUGGAAAGCUGCUGGAGAGGCUUGGAAAUGUCAUUGAAGAGAAGGCCAUCAAGGUCUUAGGAGUGAAGGAUGAACUCCAAAAGCUUCGUCGAAGGAUGGAGAGGAUUGCACUUGUGCUCAAGGAUGCGGAGAAGAGAAGGAUCCAAGACGAGACUGCCAAAGGAUGGGUCGAUGAGUUGAAAGAUUUUAUGUAUGAUGCCGAUGAUAUCAUUGAUCUUUGCAUGAUACAAGGCACUGGACUCUUGCAAGAUGAUCAUCACUCUCCAGCUGUGUCAAGUUCUGCUUCAACACGGGUGCGCUGUACCUUUCCUCUUCUCUCUUGUGUGCGCAAUUUGCCUUUUCGCUAUGAGAUUGCUGAUAAAAUUACAAAUCUCAAUAAUAGAUUAACUGAGAUAUCUGAGGAUAAGGAUAAGUUUAAUUUCAUAACUUCUACUAAAUCAAAUGAUGAUACAUAUGUCAUUAAUGUGUCUUCUUCCCUCCAAAGUUCCUCCUUACCUGAACCUGACAUCGUGGGAUGGGAUAUUAGAGAUGCAACUAAGAGCCUUGUUGAAUUAUUAGUCCAUCCUCAUGAACAGAAAUGUCGUCUUUUUGCCAUUGUCGGCAUGGGGGGUAUAGGCAAAACCACACUUGCACAACAAAUAUAUAAUGAUUCAAAGAUAAAUGAUCAUUUUGUGUUACAUUCGUGGAUUUGGGUUUCAAAAUCUCCAACAUCAAAGACUGACUUGCUGAAAGAAAUCAUAAGAAAUAUUGGGCAUAGUUAUGGAGAGUCCACAACAAUUGAAGAGUUACAAAAAGUACUUUCUAAUGUUUUGCAUGGGAAGAGUUUGUUCUUGGUUUUUGAUGAUGUUUGGGAUGCAGGUGUAUGGAUUGAUUUAAUUAAAAAUCUAAUACAAAUAGCAACAACAAAUUGUAGAGUCUUGGUUACCACAAGAGACAGAAAUGCUGCUAUGAGAAUGGGGGCAAUUCAUAUCCACAAUGUUAAUAAAUUGUCUUUGGAUUUUGGUUGGGAAUUACUCUGUAAAAAAGUUUUCACAGACAAUGAUGUUAGUGAUAUGCAAAGAAUGAAGGAUAUUGGGUUGCAAAUCGUUGACAAAUGCGAUGGUCUUCCAGUCUCGAUUAAAGUUAUUGCCGGUGUUCUUACAACAAAAGAUCAAAAUAAGAGACAAUGGGAGGAUGUACUUAACAGCGAUGCUUGGACUAUUGCAGGUCUUCCAGAAGAGCUACAAGGAGCACUAUAUUUGAGUUAUGAAGCCUUACCUUCACCACUUAAACAUUGUUUCCUUUAUUGUUCUCUUAAGCCUCAUGGUCGUGAAUUUCAGCGUGAAGAACUUGUUCUUGAAUGGAUCGCAGAAGGGUUUGUAAAACCAAGUGGAAAUGCUUCUAUGGAGGCUGUUGCUCAAGACUAUUACGUGGAAUUAAUCAGGAGGAGUUUCUUACAACCUCAUCCAUUGUAUCUUGAUAUGUCUGCAUGCACAAUGCAUGAUUUAUUACGCAGUCUUGCUCAAUCUCUAGCAGGUGAUGAAAGCUUUGUAGGAGAUCCACAAGAUGCACAAACUAAUUCACUAAUAAGAGUAAGGCGUUUGACAGUGUUAAGUACAAGGGAAAACAUGACUGUUCAACAUCUUGAUUGCCUUAGAAGUUUAUCGUUAUUGACUCCUUCAAGUUUGAUGAACACACAAGUGAUUGGAAGUCUCAUGCGUUUACGUCUAUUGAUCCUCAAUGGUUACAAGAUUGAGAAUAUCCCUGAUAGUAUUGGUGAUUUAGUACACCUAAGGCUUCUUAAUCUAAAUCAAACACGUAUAUGUGAACUACCAGAUUCUUUGGGAAACCUCAUUAACUUGCAAUUCUUGUUGCUCAGUGAUUGUCGAUCUUUACAUAACCUUCCUAGAAGUAUAACUAAGCUAUGCAAUCUAAGACACCUUAAUCUCGAAGAUACUCCUUUAAAUUAUGUGCCCAAGGGAAUUGCCAAGUUGGAACAUCUUAAUUAUUUGUCUGGAUUCAUCAUUGGAGACAAUGGUAGUGACAGUGGAGAGGGAUGUGAGCUAGAAGAGCUUCAGAUGCUGAAAAAUCUCAGUCACCUUGGAAUAGAUAACUUGGAGAAAGCAAAAGGGCAAAGUGUUUCGAUGCUCUCAAAUAAGCCUCGUCUCAGAAACCUUAAUUCUUCGUUGCACAUCUAGCACUAGUGAACAUAUUCAACAAGAAGAGAUGGACAAGAUUGUGCAAAUCCUUGAUGAGCUAUCCCCUUCGCCAGGCCUUACUGAUCUAUUGAUUCACAAUUUUUUUGGGGCAAGAUAUCCAAAGUGGAUGACAUCCACUUCCAUCAAUACUACUCUUCAGGAUCUAACUGGUUUGCACCUUAUUGGUUGCUGCAACUGCCCUCAGCUUCCCCAACUUGGCCAACUGCCCCAGCUCAACUAUCUGAAGAUAGAAGGAGCAACUGCAGUAGUAUCAAUCGGCUUUGAGUUUCUUGGUAAUGGAAAACAUGAAGAAAGUGCCUUCCCCAAGCUUGAAUACUUAAAACUCAGGAACAUGACUAAUUUGGAGGAAUGGUCACUAAUCAGUGAAGAGGAAGACAACAAGCUUGAAACUAAAAAGCCAUUGCUCUUCCCUCGUCUCAUUGCCAUUUCAAUUAGAAACUGCCGCAAGCUUAGAGCUCUUCCACGAGACUUGAAUCAGGCUAGCAUCCAAACAUUGCUAAUUGAAGGAGCUCACAGUCUUUCGAGAGUCUCUGAUCUCCCUACCUUGAGAGAAUUGCAAGUUGGUGAUUGCCCAAUUUUGGAGUGUGUUGAGAAGCUUGAGUCUCUGCAGAGCUUGACAGUGUUUGAUGAAAAGAACAAGAGUCUCCCUGAGUGGCUCAUUUCUUUCCUCCAACAACGCAAAAAGCCACAUGACGAUCAAUUCUAUUUGCAUAUGAGGUGUAGAGCACAAGCAUUGAAGGGAUGUUUGAAAGGGUGUCCCUAUUGGGUUUUCCUCCAGCAAAUACCCCGCUUGGAAGUCCAGGCAUACUACAGAAGCAUGUACUUGAAGUAUACCAAGGAACCAUAUACCUACCAAACCAACCUUGAUGAAGAUACAUCAACUGACGAAGACUCGGAUGAAAGCUUGUGAGUUUAACAAGAUGUAGACAUGCGUGACUGGAGAAAUGGUGCGUAAACAUGUAUGCAAAGAGAAUAUGUAAUAUCAUGAUUGGCCUGCACACUAGUUUGAGAGUUCAAGUUACAUGGUUUCAAUCUGAGAUGAUAAUUUAUGUGGAUCAUUGAUUCCAUAUCUGUUCCUGCAAGAGUACAGAGAGGCAUGCUGCCAUGCUUUCCUUUUGGGGUUUCUCUUCUUCAUCAUGCUUUCUUCAAUUUUCAAUGUAUUUGGGAGUGGGAAUUUCCAGUAGAAUGCCUGAAAAUACAAUGGAGCAUGCUGAGACACGUCUCUAAUUCUACAUGAAGCUCUCAAGGGGGAGCCCAUUUUCUCCAGUGAAAGCUCUAUGUGGAUAUGACAGGCGACCAAUGGUGUAAUCCAUCGGCAACAAGUCAAAGUAAUGAAAUUGAUUCAUUCUCAAACUUUAUCUAUUAACACUCUUCCAACAGCUUCAGAAUCAAUGAACUAAUAAACCAAUCUUGAAGCCUGGAUUCUAGUAACCGUGAAAAUAUUCAUAUGUGGUCAAGUUCAUAGAUGCGAGGACCUGAAAACUUGCGAGCAUAUCAAAUUCUUAUUCAACCAAGGUAUGUCAUUGAUAUUUACUGGAGGGCCAAAGAAAAAAAAGAAAAGGUUUACACAUUUGUAUGGCAGUGACUUGAUGAAAGAACCACAAAAUUGUUUGAGAGUGGAUCUCUAAACAUGCAAGAGAGGCAUGAGCAAUUAAAGAUAUAACAAAGGGAUCAAAAUGUUCUUGCUAGAAUUAAUCAUUAUCCUCUACUUUCCACCGUUUACAACAAAAAGAUGCGCAUCAAGAGCACUGCACGAGAAGUUCGAGGUUCUUUCAUUGGAGCACGAUGAGGAUCUUUCUCUCCAUGAAUGCUACUCCAACAAAGCUUUGGAGGCGGACUUCAGUGUUUUUGCAAGGUCAUGGAAUGUUGUGAAUGUUUGUGCGUCCUUUCUAGAAGCAUAACUAAGCUAUGCAGUCUAAGCUGUCUCUGGAGCACUCCUUUGAGGUUGUGUUGGCUUUCUCCUUCAAUGUUGGGGAGCGAUGCAACUAGUAAGAGUUACUGAGUCACUAACACUUGAAAAGCUCACCUGAACGACAAUUUGGAGAAAACCAACAAAAUUGCAUUAGUAUUUUCUAUGCCUAAUGCUAAAAGACAUUGCCACUAAGAAGAGAUGAACAAGCUUGCCGAAGUCUCUGGUUCUUGGCUAACUUCUCAAUGGCAAUGGUGAAACUUCAGCUGCCUUUCCUAUGCUUAAUGCCUGUUAUUGUGGAACCUGCCUAACUGGGAAAAUGGCCAUUGAAUGAAGAAGACGACAAGGAAACUAGAAAGCUAUUGUGGUUUUCCCCAAUUUCAAGAAAAUUGUCAUUCACAUGUGCCACACGCUGAAGCCUCUUCCAGGAGGCUUAAGUCAUGUCAACAUCAAUGAUUUGAAAAUUGGUGGUGUUUUCUGAGUUUCAAUGAUAUCUGAUCUCCUUACCUUAAGAUUACUAGAUGUUGUGGAUUGCCUAAUGCUGGCGUGUGUAGAAGCUGAAGUACCUACAGAGGUUGAAACUAAUUGAUCAUUGAGAGAACAACAUAAUAUUUGUCUCCCUGAGUGGCUCGUCUCUUUCCUCCAACGGCAUGAAAAGCCUCAAGACAUUUACUUCCAUUUUAAUUCCAAGUGCUCUCUGCACAAACACUGUAGGGAUGUUUUAUAGGGAACCCAUGUUGGUUGCUCGUCCAAUGAAUACCCUGCUUCGUCACCUAUAAAGAACCAUUUUCUCAUGAAAGUGACCUUGUUGAAGACAUGAUUGGUUUGUAUAACUCAUGAUAAAUCUCA